AAGAAGAAACGCUUCCGGUUUCCUUCGGUUCAUUUUGCGUUUUCGGAGCUUGCAACCAUGGAGGACUCCAAAAACAAAGAGAAGAAGCCGGCCGCCAAAGCCGAUGAGAAUGAAAAGAACAAGGAAAAAGACUCCAAAUCUUCAGGGAAGGAUAAAGAGAAGAAAGAGGAGCAAGAAUUGUCUGAAGAGGAUAAGCAGUUACAAGAGGAUUUGGAGAUGAUGGUGGAGAGACUGGGCGAGAAGGACACAGCGUUGCACCGUCCUGCACUGGAAGAGCUGCGCAGGCUGAUUCGCUCCUCAACCACCUCCAUGACAUCAGUACCCAAGCCUCUCAAGUUUUUGCGCCCACAUUAUGGCAAGCUUAAAGACAUCUAUGAACGCAUGGCACCAGGGGAAAACAAGCAUUUUUGUGCAGAUGUGGUGUCGGUGCUGGCCAUGACUAUGAGUGGAGAGAGGGAGUGUCUCAAGUAUCGCCUGCUGGGCUCUCAGGAAGAGUUGGCGUCCUGGGGACAUGAAUAUGUUAGGCACCUCGCUGGUGAGGUGGCAAAAGAGUGGCAGGAGGUGGAGGAGAACGAUAAGGCCCAGCAGGAGACGUUGCUAAAGCUGGUGAAAGAAAUUGUACCUUACAACAUGUUGCACAAUGCUGAGCACGAGGCUUGUGACCUGUUGAUGGAAAUUGAAAGGCUGGACAUGCUAGAGGACUACAUUGAUGAGAAUGCCUAUGGCAAGGUUUGCCUCUACCUCACAAGUUGUGUUAGCUAUGUGCCGGAGCCAGAAAACUCUGCACUGCUCCGAUGCUCCUUGAAGAUCUUUCGGAAGUUCAACCGUCAUCCCGAGGCUCUUCGAUUGGCUCUGAUGCUCAAUGAUGUGGAGCUCGUAGAAAACAUCUUCACUUCCUGCAAAGACAUAGUUAUUCAGAAGCAGAUGUCCUUCAUGCUGGGUCGCCAUGGCAUGUUCUUGGAGCUUAAUGAGGAUGUAGAAGAUUAUGAGGACCUGACAGAGAUCAUGUCCAAUGUGCAGCUCAACAGCAAUUUCUUGGCCUUAGCCAGGGAGUUGGACAUCAUGGAACCCAAAGUCCCAGAUGACAUCUACAAAACACACCUGGAAAAUAAUAGGUUUGGAGGUAGCGGCUCCCAGGUGGACUCAGCCCGUAUGAACCUGGCCUCUUCCUUUGUGAAUGGCUUUGUGAAUGCAGCAUUUGGACAGGAUAAACUGUUAACAGAUGAUGGCAACAAAUGGUUGUACAAGAACAAGGACCAUGGCAUGUUGAGUGCUGCGGCAUCUCUCGGGAUGAUCUUGCUGUGGGAUGUGGAUGGUGGCCUGACCCAGAUUGAUAAAUAUCUUUACUCAUCUGAGGACUACAUAAAGUCUGGUGCUCUCCUCGCUUGUGGCAUCGUAAACUCGGGUGUGAGAAAUGAAUGUGACCCAGCCCUCGCCCUGCUGUCAGACUAUGUCCUCCACAACAGUAAUACCAUGAGGAUAGGUGCCAUUUUUGGAUUGGGUCUAGCUUAUGCUGGCUCCAAUAGAGAAGAUGUCCUGUCCCUGCUUCUGCCUGUCAUGGGAGAUUCAAAAUCCAGCAUGGAGGUGGUUGGAGUAACAGCAUUGGCGUGCGGUAUGAUCGCGGUCGGGUCGUGUAAUGGUGACGUGACAUCAACCAUUGUGCAGACGAUCAUGGAGAAGAAUGAACAGGAGCUGAAAGACACAUAUGCUCGCUGGCUGCCUCUUGGUUUAGGACUCAACCACUUGGGUAAAGGAGAGGCCAUUGAGACCACUCUGGCAGCUCUCCAAGUUGUUCCUGAACCUUUCCGCAGCUUUGCCAACACACUAGUCGAUAUCUGUGCUUAUGCAGGUUCUGGCAACGUGUUGAAGGUGCAACAGCUUCUCCAUAUUUGUAGUGAACACUAUGAGGCCAAGGAGAAAGAAAAGGAGGAGGACAAGGACAAGAAAGAUAAAAAAGACAAAGACAAGAAGGAAACGGCUGACAUGGGCUCCCACCAGGGGGUUGCUGUCCUUGGUAUUGCACUCAUUGCUAUGGGGGAGGAGAUUGGCUCUGAGAUGGCACUGCGGACGUUUGGACAUCUGCUGCGUUAUGGUGAGCCCACGCUCAGGCGAGCGGUGCCUCUUGCUCUGGCUCUCAUCUCAGUGUCCAACCCCCGUUUGAAUAUUUUGGACACCCUCAGCAAGUUUUCCCACGAUGCUGACCCUGAGGUCUCGCACAACUCUAUCUUCGCCAUGGGGAUGGUGGGCAGUGGAACAAAUAAUGCUCGCUUGGCCGCAAUGCUGCGGCAGCUGGCACAGUAUCAUGCCAAAGACCCCAACAAUCUCUUCAUGGUUCGACUGGCCCAGGGUCUGACUCACCUGGGUAAGGGAACACUCACACUCUGUCCCUACCAUAGCGACAGGCAGCUGAUGAGUCAGGUUGCUGUGGCCGGGCUGCUCACUGUGCUCGUCUCUUUCCUUGAUGUCAAGAACAUAAUCCUGGGGAAAUCUCACUACAUUCUUUAUGGCCUGGUAGCAGCCAUGCAGCCGCGUAUGCUCGUCACCUUUGAUGAGGAACUUCGACCACUUCCCGUUUCUGUCAGAGUUGGUCAGGCCGUGGACGUUGUGGGCCAAGCAGGCAAACCCAAGGCUAUCACAGGUUUCCAGACCCACACCACACCAGUUUUGCUGGCACAUGGAGAGAGAGCAGAGUUGGCCACAGAGGAGUAUUUACCUGUCACCCCCAUCCUGGAGGGCUUUGUUAUUCUUCGCAAAAACCCCAACUAUGAAAUCUAGACUGUCAACUCCUCCCGCCUUGUGUCUCAAGGCUGAGCCUCCGUGGAUGUUUGCUAUCUUUAUUACUUGUUUUAUUACAUUGGUGGAAAGGGCAAUGUUGUGAUGCCUGUGAGCAGCCCCAACUGUGUUUAAAAAUGCAUGGUUAGGGAUCUGGUUAAUUGGACUGCCGUGAGAUGGGAGAGGUAAGGUUCACGUGGAGCUUAUCUACUCCACACAGAUUUGCCCUGGACCAAUGAUUGGCUUCAGUUUGAACAUCUUCAACAGCCAUCCCCAGCCCACCUGUAAAUGUUUUCAUCAGAAUAUUGACAGUGUUUUAAGUGCAGCAGAUGUUUUUGUCCCCACUAUUUACAUCCUCAGAUAUCAUUUGUAAUUAAAUAAUUCAACAGUU